CUGAAGCUAGCUACACGGUGUUAUAAACGUUGCUUAUUGGUAAUAUCUCACUGAAUGGCGUCGACUGCAUUCGGCUAACUGUUAGCGUUGGUUGCGUGGCGUCAGUUGGCCUUGCGUUUGGGGAUUGGGGUUUUUCCUAUGAGCGUCAUUGGUCUCGGUGGACAUGAUUAGCGGUUCCUGGACAUCGAGGACGUUCCAGAAAGCUCUCCUCUGUCUCCGAACCUGGCACUGACACCGUUUGAGCGCCUCAGGGUGUUGAGCUUUGAGAAAACAUUUUAGACACCCUGCUGCCGCAAUCAAAACACCACCAGCUAUCGACCACCGUUCACUGCGGCAGUUAGACGAUCAGCGUUGUUUAUGUCUUUGUUUUGCGAAAACGAGCUGUUGCGCAGCCGUUGGAACCUGUGUGGUGGAAAUCUAGCUAUCAAGCAAGGAGCUUGCAGCCACAGCGGCACGACGUUUUUCAUGUCAGAGACCGAGCACGCUUGCAGUCGUUUAUGUCAUCCCCUCUUUUCCAGACAGAAGAUCCCGAAAAAUCCCCAACCAAGAUCCUUUUAUCUUACUGAUAGUACUAACAUCCAGCCAAAAUGUCUGUCAACGUCAACCGUAGCGUGUCAGACCAGUUCUAUCGCUACAAAAUGCCCCGUCUGAUUGCCAAGGUUGAAGGCAAAGGGAAUGGAAUCAAGACGGUCAUUGUCAACAUGGUUGAUGUUGCAAAGGCUUUGAACAGGCCUCCAACAUACCCAACCAAGUUUUUUGGUUGUGAGCUCGGUGCUCAGACCCAGUUUGAUGCCAAAAACGAUCGUUACAUCGUCAACGGAUCCCACGAGGCGAACAAGUUGCAGGAUAUGCUGGAUGGGUUCAUCAGAAAAUUUGUGCUGUGUCCCGAGUGUGACAACCCUGAAACUGACCUGCAUGUCAAUCCUAAGAAACAAACAAUCGGCAAUUCCUGUAAGGCCUGUGGAUACCGCGGCAUGCUAGACACCAGACACAAACUCUGCACGUUCAUUCUCAAAAACCCACCUGAGAGCACUGAUAGCGGUUCUGCAUCUGUCAAGAAGGAGAAAGAAAAGAAGAACCGCAAGAAGGACAAGGAAAAUGGCUCCGGCAGCGGAGAGGCUGGAAACCAGGACAACAUUGAUGCCCCUGAGGCUGUGGAUCGAGACGACGACGACGAGGAUUGGGCAGAAGAGACGACAGAGGAGGCACAGAGACGUCGGAUGGAAGAGAUCAGUGACCACGCCAAGAAUCUCACACUCAGCGAGGACCUGGAGAAACCUCUGGAGGAGAGGGUCAACCUCUUCUACAGUUUUGUCAAACAAAAGAAGGAGAGUGGGACCAUCGAUGGUGCUGAUAAGGAAAUCUUGGCGGAGGCAGAGCGUCUGGAUGUGAAGGCCAUGGGGCCCCUGAUCCUCAGCGAGCUCCUCUUCAACGAGAACAUCCGUGACCAGAUCAAGAAGUACAAACGCCACUUCCUGAGAUUCUGUCACAACAACAAGAAAGCCCAGAAGUAUCUGUUGGGAGGCUUUGAGUGUGUCGUGAAGCUCCACAAGGUUCAGCUGCUGCCGCGUGUCGCCAUCAUCCUCAAAGACUUGUAUGAUGCCGACCUGCUGGAAGAGGACGUCAUCUUUGCUUGGGCUGAAAGGGUUUCUAAGAAGUACGUCUCCAAGGAACUUGCCAAAGAGAUCCAUGCCAAGGCUGCUCCGUUUGUCAAAUGGCUGAAGGAGGCAGAGGAAGAGAGCGAGGGCAGUGAAGAGGAGGAGGAAGAGGAAGACGAUGAAAACGUUGAAGUGGUGUACUCUUCAUCUGCCCGUGAGCUCAAAGUGGAGACUGUGAAGCCAGACACACCUGAGAAAGAAGAGGAUGAUAUUGACAUCGAUGCAAUCUGAGAGAUUUGGAUGCUGCUGCUUUUCUCUUGUGUUUUUGAAUCACACAUCCCUGAACAACCAAUACUGCUUAGAUUUUCCCUUCUUGAUUCCUUUUCCCUGCCGUCCGCUGCAAACCCAUCUGGCUUAAUGAAAUGAUAUAGUAUAGUGCUUCACCUGCUACACAGUAAUUCUGCAAUGCGUUGAGUUUAUUAAAUGAGCCUGAUUUGGGAAUUUUAAUCAAGGGUGUUGUGGGAUCUUUUUCACUGCACUUUUUUUUCCUUUUGUUUUGAGGUCGCUGUAUUUUUCCAGUCAAUAAAGAAUGUUUUGCUAUCCAUCA